CGACGACCGCCACCGACUCCCACCACCACCACACGCUCUUCAUGCAGCGCGCUAUCUCGUCCAGUCGCGCGCUGUUACCGAAAAGCAGUCGUGGCCUCUCGAGCGUCGCCGCAGACUGGGCCUUCCCAGUGCCGGUAACGUUUGGCGCCGGCCGAGCGGCAGAGCUGCCUGCUAAGCUGCGAGAGCGCGGCUCAAACCGGCCGCUCCUCGUCGCCGACAAGGGCUUGAGCGGCACGCCCGUCGUCGGCGGGCUCUUUGACUCGCUCGCCGCCGCCGGCCUACAGCCUCGCCUCUUUGGCGAGGUGGACGCCAACCCGACCGACCUCAACAUCGUCGCCGGGGCGGCGGCGUACCGCGAGCACGCGGCCGACGGCUUGGUCGCGGUGGGUGGCGGCAGUGGCCUCGACGCGGGCAAGUCAAUUGCGAUGGUCGCCGGGUCUGGCAGGAGCCUGGACGAGCUCGAAUGGACGCGGCCGCCCGUGGAGGAGAUGAGCUGCCCGCCGCUCGUCCUCAUCCCGACCACGGCCGGGACCGGCGCAGAGAUGGACUCGGCAGCAAUGUACACCGACACGAGCCGCAGAGUCAAGUUCUGCGUCGCGCACCCCGGCUGCACGGCGCAGAUCCACGUGAUCGCCGACCCGCUCCUCACGCUCUCCCUGCCGCCGACGCUCACGGCGUGGACCGGCAUGGACGCGGUGACGCACGCCAUCGAGGCGCUGUCCGUCGACUCGUACCACCCGAUGUGCGACGGCAUCGCCCUCGAGUCUCUCCGGCUCAUGCACACCUGGCUGCCGGCGGCGGUGGCCGACGGGUCAGACGUCGCCGCGCGCAGCCACAUGCUCGCCGCGUCGGCGAUGGCGGCGGUCGCCUUCCAAAAGGGGCUCGGCGCGGUCCACGGCCUGAGCGAGCCCGUCGGGGCGGUGCACAACUCGCAGCACGGCCUCACCAACGCCAUCCUCCUCCCGCACGUCCUGCGCGCCAACCGCGCCGCCAUUGAGCCAAAGAUGGACCUCGCCGCGACCUACCUCGGCCUGCCGCCGCCGCCGCCGGGCUACGCGACCACGGACGGAGGCUUCGAGCGCGUGGCGGCGUGGCUGGAUACGCUCGCCGAGCAGCUUCAGAUCCCGGCGACGCUGGCCGAGAUUGGCAUCUCGGACGAGACGGCCGAGGAGUGCGCCGCCAAGGCGGUGGCCAACCCGACCGGCUUCACCAACCCGCUCCCGUUCGAUGCAGAGAUGUACUCGGGCGUCUUCCGCGCAGCGGUCGAGGGACGCGACCGGGGGCGACUACAGUAGGGGAGGGGGCAGGUCAUGCAAAACGGGCCCUGAGUGUGACCGAAACGUGUACAUCGGCAUAAAAAUGACCCUUCUGCU